AAAAAUCGCGACGACCAACGGAACGGAGGCGGCGAAGGUUGAUGAUCCGCUCGGAGCUGGUCAGGGGACUGUUGUAAAGUGAGGGUAAGCGUAAGCUCCCGGGCCAAAUUAAGACAACAUGUAGAUGAAUGACAAGAUAUCGCGGAUUGAAGCGGUGGUUCCAAAUGGAUAAACCUGUUGUGCGAGAGAUAGAGAGAGAAGGCGCACGGCGACCAACGAUGACAUUAGUCGGACUGAUUUUAGGAUGCGGAAUGUUUCUUCAAGCACUCCGUAUCAGAAACUUUUUUUUAUAAUUUCUUGGCUUCUCUCGACCGACAGCGAACACAGGCGGAACCAUUUGGAACACACCGACUGCAAUCAAAUCAGGGGGAAAGGUAGCGUCUGUUUUCAAGUAGAAUAGCAAGGGGUCUUUUUUUUGUUUUUCUUUUUAUUUAAUUAUUUUUUUUAAAGAAAAAAAAAAGGAAAUCUUCUGGGACGUUGACAUGCGCAGCCCAAAAUGCCAAUGCGUUGUUCGGUAGGGGAGUGGACUUACAAAAAAGGAGUGAUUGUCCUCCCAACAAAAAGUCCGGACGGCUCUACCACGAGUGAACGAGGCAGAAU